UGAUCCGGUGUGUAUUGCGCCACUAUCCUACCCACACCUAUGCGAAGCUUCAGAUUCUGCUAAGCGACGGUGCCUUAGGACAUACAGCUUAUCUAAUUUUCAUCUAGGGUGAAAAUCCAAAUGCCUCCUGCACGUCUUUGCUUUGGUUGGAUUCUCCUUGCAGCGUUGCUUUCGUCCCCGUUAAUAGAAGCAUCCCAAUGUUUCUCAAACUUCAGCCCAACAAAGUAUCCUUUCUGCGUCCAAGCCUCUCCGAACGUCUCCCUACACUGGAUAGUCCAGGAUGGCUCCAUCACAUGGGCCCUGGAUGUCGAUGGAGCCUGGGACUGGGUUGGAGUUGGCCUCUCCGAGGGCGGCAUGCUGGGAGCCGACCUGGCCAUCGCAACACACGACUCGCAAGCGGGACAGUGGGCGGCUAAGGACUACUGGACGCAGGGCUUUAACGCCCCGCAACUGGACAACCAACAAGAUGUGACGCUGGUUUCCGUAGAACGACAAUCGUACGGCGCAGGAUCCAAAGGAAACACCCUGGUUGCCAUGCGGCGACCGUUGGAGAGCUGCGAUCAGGACGGAAUGGAUCGAGCCGUACUGUACGACACCCGGCAGAUUGUCGUAUUCGCGUACGGCAGCGGAGAGUUGGGUUACCAUGGAACAACUAACCGUGGGCAGUAUGAGCUGGUUCUGAUGCCCAACACCAGUGCUGCAACUGGGUCGGCUUCUAGUGCUAGUGUAGAACUACAGACGCUAGACCUGCACAUGCCCAACAUCACCGUUCCGCCCAACGAGACGUCGUACAUGUGUGUGAACCUGGCUCUGCCCUCCUCCUCCAAGUUCCACGUCUACCGCUCCGAGCCGCUCAUCCGCAACGCCCCCCUGGUACACCACUUCGUGGCCUACGCCUGCCCCGGCAACCAACCGCCCGCCUCGCAGCUGGGGCUGCCGUACGAUUGCACCGGGGAGAACAUGCAGUGUGAGGAAUUCUGGAUGGGCUGGGCGCCGGGAGUGGGCGCGGUGGAUGCGCCGGCAGAGGCGGCGCUGGCGUUUGGACCGGGCAGCAGAGGCGGAGAUGGGAAUGACCUGCUGUAUGUGGCUUUGCAGAUCCACUACAACAACCCGGAGGGGUUGCAGGGAGAGGUCGACUCUUCCGGCUUCAGAUUGCUGUACAGCUCCGUACUCAAGCCGUACGACAUGGGCGUGCUGACACUCGGGUCGUACGACAUUGCCGUACCGCCCGGCGCGGCGAGCUGGACCACGCCCACCAACAUCUGCCCGGGGGCGUGUACGGCACAGAUGAUGGCAGGCCGUACGGCAAGCAGCAGCAAGAACGGCAGCAGUACGGCAGUGCCUGCCUCCAUGACCCUGGUUGAGUCGUUUUACCACAUGCACAAGCUGGGUCGCCGUGCCGUAACCCGCCACGUGCGCAACGGGGUGGAGCUGCCGCCGCUGGGCUCCCGACAGUACUUCGAUUUUAACUACCAGGCGCCCGUGUCGCUGCCCCCCGGGAGCCGUCAGCUGCUCCCCGGGGACGUGCUGCUCACCAGCUGCACCUACAGCGGGGAGGGGCGGGCCAACACAAUCAAGUUGGGACUGGGCUCGGAGCAGGAAAUGUGCUUCAACUUCCUGACCUACUAUCCGUACAACGCCUCCGUAACCAACUGCAUCGCAAGUUCCAAGUACGAUGUGGCGACAUGUACGACAGGAGAAAAGCUCUUCGGCAUGCAGACCAAAAGUGACGUUGAGAUCGGCAUGCAGGCCGGGGAGCUGGUGCCGCUGCCCAGCAAUGUGUCGUACAGGCCCUACAACCCCACCUGCGUCCGCUCCGCUGCCGCCUCUGCUGCGGAUUCCUCUAACGACGACAACGCGACCCCCGACCACCACCGCCGCAAUGUGGGUGGAGCGGUGGCGGCUAUCCUGCUGGUGACGCUGCUUGGGGCGGUGGCGAUUGUGGUGGUGUGGCGGGUCAUGCGGAAAAAGAAGCAGGAAGAGGAGGCGCAGCACCUCUUCGAGAAGUACAACCCCAACAGCUUCACACUGCCCGUCGUAGCCUCCACCUCCGCCACCACCACCACCGCUAAGGCUUCCAGCGACGCAGCUGCUGUAGGCGGCAACAGCAGCAGCAGCCAGGGCCAGGGGCAGGGGCAGGCAGAUGGUGAGGGCAGGGGUCUGGUGCGCAUCAGCCGACCUGCGGGCUACACGGAGCUCAGCCGGACCAGCGAGGCUGUGUGAGACCAUCACCUCCCUCGCCGUCUUCUUAUGGUCAUGGUCAGUGUUUCCUUGCGAGCCAGUUUACCUGGUCCACGGUCACCUCGGCUGCAAGGCUUCAGUUACGACGCUGCUUUGGGCGGAAGCAGCAGCAGCAGUUAAAUUCAGGGCCAGGGCGAGGUCCGGAUGGCGGUUUGCAGGGUGUACGGUAUGCACGGAGCCGUACAAGUGAGGCCGUACGGGAAGGGGUCAGCAAAGCGGGGUGGAAGGGGGCUUAGGCAAGCUAGGCGAGACGGGGCAUGGUAUAGCAGAGCGUUACAUGCAUCGCACAGAUAAGUGUGAGAGGAGGGUGAGGGCUGGCUGAGGGGAGGGUGAGAGACGGGUGAGAGGAGGAGAGGAGAGAGUGCAGGGUGAGGAGGGUACCACGAAAAGGCAGUUAAUGCGGAAGCGAAGUGCGCGCAAGAGGAGGGAGGAGAUGCCGGGUACCGGUGUGCAGGAGGGGCCCGCUAGGCCAGCCGAAGAGCGAAUCAGUUAGCCCAACUAGGUUACCGGGUAGCUAUGUAUGCAUGCGUGUCAAAAGGAACGAGGUAUGCUAUGCUACUGAAGGGAGUUCGACGCUUGUCGUAUACCGGUACGUACACCCGGACUGCACUUAAGAACACACCUGCAGGUUGGCGAUGAGUGCCAUUGCCGGGUGGUGAUAUGGGGGAUAUAGCGUCAAUGGGUUGGUUAUAUUCCGUACAGGGCCUGGCAGGGCACAGGGCCUGGCAGGGCUAUUAGGAUGUAUAGGGUGGUAGGCUGGUGCGCAAGCAGCAGCUGUGAUCUAGCAGGUGUGAUGCAGCAGGGACUGAGAUUGAUAAGCUGAACUGAGUUACGGAAUGCAGCGGGUCAUGCUGCUCUGCACGGCGUAUCCAGGUUAGGUUACUGCUGGGGUGUGGGUGAUCAGGUGCAUGCCUGCAUUUGGCGUUAGGUGAGAUGUUUGGUGUUGGGCUGUACUUUCUCUUGGCCUGGGCGGGGUUUGGGGCGAAGCGUCGCAUGACCACGUACUGUAUGCACGCUAGGAUUAGCCGGUGCCAUGACACUUGGACCUUUAUGUGAAUUUGUAAGACAUACGAG